GCUUCGUCACCCAUCCAGAGUGGCUCUACAAAGGGAGAGCCCUGCCGGAAGCGCUGGGCGGACUUGGACUCUGAUGAUGAGCAGGAUGGAAUCUCGCGUUGGGUGUCAGCGAUGUCAGCGAAGCAGGGCCAACAUGAAGCACCGGAGACCUCGACCCCUGCGUGUCCACUGCUGCGGUGGGAUCCUAUGGGCAUCUCACAGCA